AUGUGCAGCAUCGUCUUGUGUCAUAGAAGAUGCAAGUUUUAUCUUCUAGUUGCAUCUACAGCUCUCGCAAUAAACAAAAACCUGUCGGAGUCGACCGUGUCUGCUGAGAGCGACAUUCUAGCUCGAUGUGGAAGCCUUCAGAGCGACAUAUCAGUGCUUACAGUGCCUACAGAUACAGAAUUGCCCAGUGACGUUGCAGCCACGCUUUCUGCGCACUCAGGUACGGCAUGGAACGAUCUGAAUGAUGUCACAAAAGUAGGAUUACUAUGGAUACACGGUUACGUGUUUUCAGGUGGUUUUAGCAGCAAGAAUACGUCUGGAGAGGCUCUUGUAGAGGUCUAUACUCAAUGCAUUGAUGAUGCAGCAAUGGGCGUGGCGAUGGAGGACAUCUGGGUCUCGUACGACGAGUUUGCAGGUCGAGGGAGUCAGUGUGAAGUGGCGAACUGUGGCUCAUAUUACCAGGCGACAAAUGCCAAUUGUGCGGCCAAUGUGACGAAUGCAUUUCAUUGUGCAAUAAAUGGAGCAUUGAAGAAGCUGCCGUCAGCCAACAACAGGCCAUUUUGGUCUUCGGCAUCGUCGAUUAGCACCAUUCCGUACCCUCAAGCUUUUCACCAUAGCAUUGCGUUGAGUGAUCAGAUCGCGACGUUACAAGUAUAUUCGAUCCAUAUGCGUAACAAUGACGCGUGUGGAUUGUGUGAUACGACGUUGGACACAAUUAUCCCGUGUCUGCGUUUAGAGGACGUGACAAGAGCAGGAUGGGAUGGUGCUUUGAGGUUUUGCAAGCCAACAAUCAAUGCUGCUAGGAUCAAAAGGUUUUUCGGGUUGGGAAGCGCAGUAAAGGAGAUGAGGCAAUUAAGUGCUGACGUGUCGUCAGAGAGCGACAGCAAAAUAGAUCUGAUAUGGCGGGUAGGAAUUGGAAGCAGCGUACUUCUCGUUCUCAUGGUGUUGGGCAUUUGUUGUUUUUGUUGCAAAAAUAAAAUGCCAGAUGCUGAACCGACGCCAGAAAAUACUGCAGCAAAACCGGCCGAGGAGCAGAACCAGACCGAAAAUGCAACUCGAACAGGAGCGGGUUAUAUUUCUCGGAUGAUUCGAAGACGCGAGGCUAACAGUAGUGACAGCUCGGUCAAUAAUGCCACCAAUGUUAAUGUGCCGACUCAUGAAGGCCGAAGGUCGUCGUGGUUUACGUUUCAAUAUGAUCGAGGCAAUCGAGAAUCGACAGUUUGCGGGCGCCGGUCAUCCAUGGCAGGAACCAGGGUGGGGGCUGGGGUUGGUGGGAAAACUGUGAGCGAGUACUGUAACGAGUCCGAGGCUUUAACUGAUUUCAUGCAGGAUGCUGAAAUUUUGUCAAAACGUAUCAGCUUUGACGAGCUCACGUUCUUGCGUGUUUUGUCCAAUGGAGCUUGUGGUGAAGUAUGGCUGGGCCAACUUGAGACACGACAUGUGGCCAUCAAACGCUUAUUGCCAGAGAAAUGUCAGCUGACAGCUAGCCUGGAACAAUUUGCAGGAGAACUUCAGCUCAUGUGUAUACUGCAACACCGCAACAUCGUUUCGUUUAUAGGUGUGAGCUGGAAUCGGCUGCAAAACUUGUGUGCCGUUGUAGAGUACAUGGAUGCGGGCGAUUUGGACGAGGUACUUAAGAAAAACCGGGAGAAGUUCUCAUGGCAGCGCGAGAAGAUCUCAAUUGCUAUGGAUGUAGCUGAGGGUUUAGUGUACUUGCACUGCUUGAGGCCUGUGAUUGUACACCGCGACCUCAAGUCCAAAAACGUGCUGCUCAAUCGCAAGUUCCACGCGAAAUUGAGUGACUUUGGCGUCAGUCGCAAGACACAUGUUAACGAAACUAUGACAUCCGGCGUAGGUACGUUGUUAUGGACGGCGCCGGAGAUUAUCGAAGGUAAAAAGUAUUCGGAAAAGGCGGAUAUCUACUCGUUGGGCGUCGUGCUGUCUGAAAUGGACACGUGCAAACAGCCAUUCUCCGACGUGACUUCUGACACGGGCAAGCGGUUACCAGGGAUGCAGCUGGCGCAACUCGUACGGCUGGGCAAAAUUCGCGUAUCGCUGCAAGCGGAUUGCCCGCCCGCUCUUCGUAAGAUGAUUAUGGAUUGCACCCAAGUUGAUCCGGAUGCUCGUCCGAGUUCUAUGCAGGUGGCCUUCACACUGAAGAGUAUUAUCGCUCCAGCACUACGAAUGCCUUCAGCAACGGCCACGGCAGCUUUGACAUCGUCUUCACCCAGUGCUAGUCAAGCGAUGACAAGUCAGUCUCCACAACAACCUUCAUCAUCGGUCAAAGAUAAUGACGAGUGA